AUGGUGCGAAGUAGUCUAGCGGUGAUUUUGAUUGUGGCUUUGUUCACAAAUGCGUUCUGCGUGCCAGCCGUUGGAUACCGAAGAAGAAGAAUGCCCCAAGAAAACAAAAGUUCUAAAGAAUCAAGUUUUAUUAUUCCCGUCACUGAAUCUAACGAAGACAUAGAUUCGAUUAUUGUGUCUUCACCAAGCUCUACUACAGUAUCACUAAGUCCAAAUAACGAAGAUGACGACGACGAUGAUAAUGAUGACUUUGGCACACCGAGUCAUGGGACAUCGACGGGUGGCGGUGGAGGCAGUAACUUAUUCAGUUUGCUGAACCUCGCCACGUCUCUGAUGCCGGCAUCCGGGUCUGGUUCGCCGGGUGGCAAAACCAAUACUGUGAAAAACAACAAUAUAAUUGUAAAAAAAAUGAUACAAGACUUGAUACGUAUAAAUCGUAAUCAAAUUAAACUCGCACAAAGACGCAAAGAUAUUGCAGACAACGUUAUAGAUAUCGACUACACAGACAUAAAACCUCCUCCGUUCCAAAAGCUUGAAGACCUUGAUGACGAUGAAAGUGGUGGUAGUGAUUCAGAAGGUUCCGACGAAGAUAACGGUGGAGAGGAAAGUGUGGAAAAAGAGAGCAAAGAAAAUGGAGGAUCUAAACAAGAUUCUACUUCAGAUACCGAAGACGACAACGAUGAUGAUAAUGACUCGGAUUAUGAUGAGCCACCGGAAGGAGAUGGCCAGGGUGGUGGAAUACUAGGUCUUCUUGCCGGACUAAGUGGCGAUGGAGAUUCCGAUUUGGGAACUUUAUUGGCGACCGUGGGUGGAAUUGUCGCCAAUUUGAGCGGAGAUGGAAUAGAUGUGAAUGCUUUAAUAGCAACGGCAUUGGGUCUUUUCGUUGGCUUACUGUCUGAAGGCAAUCAGAAUCCCGGAGAGAUAAUCGGAAAUUACCUUCUGACGUCACUUGACACGAUCACAGGAGGUGGAGCGGCCGGUGAUCCUGACGCUUCAGGGUCUAGUGAAGAGAAUGGCCCAAAGAUGGCGGACUCAGCUGGUUUCUUCGCAAGUCUACUGAUGGGUCUACUCGGAGAUAUGUCUAAAACCAGUUCCGGAAGCAGUUGGCGAUAG